AGGAACAACAGAGACUGGUGAAACCCCUGAAUCCCAGUAGGCCCAGUAUGAACCCAUCUUCAUGAUGAGCUCCUAGGAAGGAGGCGUUGUCUCUGAAAGCAGCCAAAGACCUGAACUGUGACGUUCAGGAAGUAGCAGAUAAAAAAGCUUAAAGUAGGAAGUGUUCAGAGUCUGGAGCCACAUCCUGAUCACAUCAAGAGACGAAGCUUCACUCCACAUCCAGAGGAAACAUGGACCAAACAGCUCUGAUGCUGCUUCUGUGUCUCUGCAGCUCAGCGCUGUCUGAUGAACUCAGACUGGUAGCAGGAAGGAGUCGCUGUGGUGGCAGACUGGAGAAGAAGGAUCUGGGAGACUGGAAACCAGUGAAAUAUUGGAGCGGGGACUGGAACUUUACAUCAGCAGCUGGAGCUUGCAGACAGCUCCACUGUGGAUCUGUGGUGUCGUUACAAAGAGAUGAGGACGACAAUGUAGAGAUCGUCUGUUCAGACUCAGUCAGGCUGGUUCAAGGGACCAACCGGUGCUCAGGCAGACUGGAGGUGAAGACCGACCAGUCGUGGUCCUCAGUGUGUGAAAAAGACUUUGACCUGCAGGAUGCAGAGGUGGUCUGCAGGGAGAUUGGCUGUGGGCCUCCUUCAGCCCACCAGGGGGCGCUCUAUGGAGAAGCAGAGGCUCCAGUGGGGAGCAGAGAGUUCCUGUGUGAAGGCAGUGAGUCUGCUCUGCUGAACUGCAGCAGCAGGAAG